AAUUUGUAUGUUAUUUGUAAAACUAAUCUUUGUCAUAAAUAAAAAUAUUAUUAUAUUAAAUACUUGCGUAUCCAUAGUAACCGAUUUGAAAUUUACGGAUUUCUUUAAUAUUUAUUAAAUAUUUGCUGAAUUUAUAUUAAUUAUUUUUAUGUAUUAUAUUAUGACGCAAUGGGGGAAGAAUUAGCAAAUUCUGAUGUUCGAGUUGUAUUAAAUAUAAAAGAAGGCAAAGGUUUUGAGCAAAUCUUACUACCUACAUUAAUUGUUGCAACUUUAAAUGGACAUUCUUUAGAAACUGAAAUAAUAGAACCAAAUCCAAAUCCUGAAUAUGAUCAUGAUUUGGUUUGGGAAGUAGAUAAAAAUAAAUUACGGAAGAUGAGAUCAGGGCAAGUUCCAUUAAAAUUAGAAUGUUUUGCUGUUAAAAGCAAUGACAACAAAGAAAGAUUAGGAUAUCUUUUACUUAGUUUAAGAUCAGCCCAAGUUUUUACUAAAUGGGGUGCUAAUAGUAUAAAACCUAAUUGGCAUAAAUUAUUAGGUUUGAAAAAUGAACUCAAAAUACAUAAACCUGAGUUACUUCUUGGUUUAAGUAUUCAUGAUCUGGAAAAUACAACAGGAAAUGCUCAAUUAGAGUUAAAAAAUUUAAAAGAAUGUCAACAAACAAAUGUUCAACUCAAUAAAGUAACACCAAUUUUACUUCGCGAUGAACGUCUUAUACAAUUAGGUCCAUUAAAUAUUUGUCAUGAAUUAUUUUUAAUGAAUAUUACUGCUAUAUCUGCAAUGAAUGUAGAUUCAUUAUUACCAAUGAAAUAUUAUACAGAUAUGAAAAAUAAUUUGUAUUUUUGGUGUAAGAUAUUAGAAAAUGAUGUAUACUUUAAUCAAUCAAAAAAGGAAUAUGGAGAUCUUUGGGCACUUAAUGAAAAAAUUGUAAUAAGGAUCAGAAGUUCAUUAAAAAUUUUCAAAGAAUAUUUACAAUUAAAACCGUUUCUGUUUAUAUAUUUAAAAUAUAAAGAUAAUAUAGUAGGUCAAUCAGAAAUAAAUUUGCAAUCAUUAAUUCCUACUGAUAAUAUUGAAGAAUUUCUUAAAAUUACUGAAAAUAGUAGUAGUAUUUUAAAUCAACGAUGUUACUUAUGUAAAACAAAUUUUGUUGAAAAUAAUGAAAUAGAAAAAAUAUGUAAAAAUCCAUACCUUGAUUUACAGUUAAAAUUACAAUAUGUAGGUAAAACAAAUGUAGGAAUGGAUGUUUCUAAUGCAAUGAUUAAUGAUUUAAUCAUUCCUUUAUCUAAGGAUAUAAAUAAUUUAAAACAAAAUUAUAGUGAAAUAGAUUGUCAUAGAAAUCCUGCUGGUGAUUUUGGAAAAUAUAUUAGUGGAAUUCAAACUACUUCAAAUGAAUAUGAUAAUAUAAAUAAACAUACUAUAGAUUAUAACUUUAUAAAGGAUCAACCUGUUAAUGCUAUUUGUUCACAUUCAGUUGAUACAUUCCUAUGUCAACCUAAUAUUGAUAAUUAUUCUAAAAGUGUAGAAGCUUAUCAUUCUUAUUAUUUGAAUAUUUUAUUAGUAGCAAUUAAAGCAAAAUCUUCAAAAUUAGCAAUACCAAAUAUGGAAAUUCGGUUUCAUCAUCCAAAAACUGGAGUUACAUCAACAUUUCAUUUAAAAUUAUCCUUUUCUUUAGGAGAAAAAGUAAAAUUACAAGAUAUAGGAUGCAAAUUUCAAUUUAUAUCGGCAGUAGAUGAAAUAAAACAAUUAUUAUUAUCUUUUCCACCAAAAAUUAGCAUAUAUAAAAUAGAAGGAAAUACUAAGACUUGUAUAUCCCAACUUAAAAUUAAUGCAAAAGAAUUAUUUUGUCCAAAUAAGCCUGAGUGCCAAUAUGAUAUACCAUUAUAUGAUAUGGAACACAAUAGUAUUGGUAAUUUGGAUGUUUUAUUAAAUUUAGAAGAUCAUGGUCCAUAUUAUAGGAUUAAAAGAGUUAUUCCUAAUGAAAAUUUAGGCCCACCAAUCUUUGAUGAUACUUUAGCAUAUAAAAUAGUAGAUGAAUUAGAGACUUGGAAAGAACGACAAAUGGAAAUAUUUAAAGUUGAGUUAAAAAGAAAGGAAGAUCGUCAUUUAAAUUUAUUAAGUCAAGAAUGGCAAAAACAUAGAGAAAAUUUAGAAACAAAACUCGCAUGCAGUGUUGAGCAAUGUAAAAUGCUAGCAAAUAGUUUGAAUAAUGCUACAGAAGAUUUAAGAACGCGAAGAUUAAAAAGUCUUGAGAAAGAAAGUAGACUAAUUAAAGCAAAUGAAGAUUUACAAUGGAGAUAUGAAAUGAAAUUACGAGAACUUAAAGAAUCAUCUCAAAUAGUUCAAGAAGAACUUAUGGCAAAAAUAAAUAUUCUUGAAAAAAGAAAAACAGCUUUAGAAGUACAAGAAGAACAAUUAAGUAUUGAAAAUGAAAGAUUACAGUCACUUGUAGCAAAACAAUCUGAAGAAUUAGAAAAUUAUCAAAAAGGCUCUCUAACCCAAGAUCAAACGGCAAAUUUAUUACAAGAAUUAAAAACACUUGAAGAAAAAUUGCAAAAUGCACAAGAGAAUAAAUCUUUUUUUAAAGAACAGUGGGCAAAAGCAGUUCGUGAAAUACAUCGUAUAAAAAUGGAACAUCAACAAGCUAUUCAAAUUCAAAUUAAAAAUAGUAAAGAAGAAUUACAAAAUUUAGACCUAGAAGAGAUAUUGUGUGCAGAUACUACUGCUUUGACAAAUGAUCAAAUAUUAUUAAAUGAGAUUCAAAAAGAAAUCGAUGUAAUCAAGCCAAAAGCAUAUUUUAUUGAAAAAGAUGCUUAUUCUCAAGUAUUUACACCAAAUUCUAUAAGUUCCAAAAUUUCACAAAAUGUUAACAAAAAUACAUUAAAAAAAUCAGAAGAACAAAAUGAACGAUUGCAAGCAUUACUUGAAGAACGUGAUUCUCUUUUAAAAACAGGAAGUUACACAAUUGACGAUACGGUUAUUACGAAAUUAAAUAAUGAAAUCAGAUCUUUAAUGAUGAAAUGAUUUUUUAUAUAAAUUAUACUAUAAAAUAUUUCAAUAUGAUAUAAAAUAUAAUAU